AUGACUCCUGCUUCUCCGUUUAAAGUUUUGGCAUUCUCUGUACUUUUUGUUCUUCUGAUUUAUACUGCAAAUGGAAAAGUUCACCAUUACAAGUUUGUGAUAAAAUCUUCAUCUUUCACUAGACUAUGUAUUACCAAGAACAUUUUAACAGUAAAUGGGGAAUUUCCGGGUCCAACCUUGAAAGUUCAUAGAGGAGACAAGCUUAUAGUCAAGGUUUAUAACCAGGCAAAAUAUAACAUAACACUACAUUGGCAUGGAGCAAGACAAGAGAGGAAUCCAUGGUAUGAUGGACCUGAAUACGUAACACAAUGCCCAAUUCAACCAGGAGAUAUGUUCAAACAGAUUAUCCAUUUGGCUACGGAAGAAGGAACAAUAUGGUGGCAUGCACAUAAUGGGUGGGCAAGAGCUACAGUUCAUGGACUUGUCAUCAUUAAUCCCAAGCGUGGAUACAGUUAUCCCUUUCCCAAACCCCAUGCUGAGGUUCCAAUCAUAUUAGGAGAGUGGUGGAAGAAAGAAGUUAUGGACAUUCCAGAGAAAGCAAACAAAACAGGAGGAGAGCCAAUUCUAUCAGAUGCAUACACCAUAAAUGGUCAACCGGGUUAUCUAUAUCCAUAGACUUUUAAGAUGAAUGUGGAAUAUGGAAAAACAUAUCUUCUUCGGAUGAUCAAUGCAGUGAUGGAUGAGGAACUUUUCUUUGCCAUUGAAAAACACAAAUUGACAGUGGUAGGUAUAGAUGGAUGCUAUCUGAAACCAAUAAAAACAGAUUACAUAAUGAUCACACCUGGCCAAUCUAUGGACAUUUUAUUGGAAGCAAAUCAACCUCCUGGUCACUAUUCCAUGGCUGGAAGGGCAUAUUCAAGUGCUUUUGGUUCUGGUUUUGAUAAGACAACCACAACAGGUUUGCUUAUGUAUCAUGGCUCCACCAACCAUCACAGAAAAAGUCCAAUUCUUCCUCAUCUUCCUCCUUAUAACAAAACACAAGCAGCAACUGAUUUUACUAAGCAAUUCAGAAGCCUUGCAAGCAAAACCCACCCAAUCAAAGUCCCAACAGAAGUGGACACACAUUUGUUGUUCACCAUUUCUGUUAAUCUGCUUAAUUGUACUGGUAAACCUUGCACAGGCCCAUUUGGCAAAAGGUUUGCAGCUAGUGUGAACAACAUUAGCCUUGUAUAUCCACAUAUAGAUUUUCUUAGAGCCUACUACUAUAAAAUCCCUGGUGUAUUUGAAAUGGAUUUUCCAAAAAAUCCAAGGAUGGAAUUCAAUUACACAGCUGAUAAAUUGCCAGAAUAUCUUUUGACCCCAGCAUUUGGGACCAAAGCGUUGGUUUUGGACUAUAAUGCCAGUGUUGAGCUUAUUUUGCAGGGAACCAAUGUGUUAGCAAGUGAUAAUCACCCUGUUCAUUUGCAUGGAUAUAGCUUCUGUGUGGUGGGUUGGGGUUUUGGGAAUUUUGACCCCAAAAAAGACCCUCAAAAUUAUAAUCUUAUUGACCCACCAGAGCAGACCACGGUUGGAGUUCCCAAUAAUGGUUGGGUUGCCAUCAGAUUCAGGGCAAAUAAUCCAGGCUUGUGGUUGAUGCAUUGCCAUAUAGAGCGCCAUCAUACUUGGGGCAUGGCUAUGGUGUUCCUAGUGCAAGAUGGUACUUAUCGUCACACACAAAUUCUUCCUCCCCCAAAGGGUUUGCCCAAAUGUUAA